GACAAAGUGACGAAUCUCUUUAGGGAAGAAAGUGAAAACAACAACAACUGUUGGAACCAGUGUAUGUUUAUUUGAUGUCCAACAACAGAAACAAACACGUAAACAAGGAGCAACAUGGCGGCCGUGAGAACAACCGGAGCCUCAUGGCGGAGCUUCUUGUAGCUGCAGGCCGGCUGGGAGCGUCUGUCCGCGGGGGAACGCCGUCAUGACGGAGCCCUGGAAGAGAAGCAUCGUGGUUCAGCUGAAGCACCGAGACCUGGACCAGCACGCCAGGUUCCAGGACCUGAUCCGCUUCUACACUCGGCUGCUGGAGAAAACCAGUCUGGAAAAAGGAAUCCUGAGCUGCUCCAUCAGCAGCUGCUCCUCUUUGCCUCACCAGAAAAACCGGCUCCAGAAAACUACAGGAGAUCUGGCCUUUCAGGUGUUGGAGCUGCAGCAGCAGAUUAAAAUCAAAGAAUGUUUUCUGGAGGAGCAAAAUACCAGACUGAUCGGGGCCGGGCGGCGGCUGGCGGGCGCGCUUGAUGCUCGGCGGGCGCUGCAGCGACGGGUGGAGCUUGUUCAGGACCAGAACGCGGCGCUGAAGGUUCAGUACGACGAGCGGCUGGAGCUUCAGAGCCGAGAGGAGAGGCGGCUCAGGGGGGAGGAGCUCCAACGGGAACACCUGCUGGAGGACCUGAUCCAGCACAAGCAACAGGCCGCCGCCCACAUGAACCACCACAACCAGCGCAGAUCCAGAGCUCGAGAAGUUAACCUGCAGAAGGAGCUGCAGACUGCUGCAAGGUCAAAGGUCACCGUGGACAGUUGUUCCAGCGCUGGGACCUCCAGAUCCACGUCUCCAAAGGCUGAGGACCUGCAGGAGUCUGGAGGCCACACCAGACUGUUCAGGUCUUUGUCGGCUUCAUCCCCGAGGAUCCUGUCCUCCAUCAGAGAGCUGUUCGACAGGAGGAGGCGGGGCCACUCAGUCUGCAGCCUGGAGGAGGACCUGGUGCUUCCUGUGGGUCUGUCUUCCCGGGUCCCUGUGAGGGCGCUGCAAGUCCUGGAGGCCCAUCAGCAAGGCAUUAACGCUGUGAGGUUCAGCUCCAGCUCUUCCCUGCUGGCGACCGGAGGGACGGACCGAGUGGUGAUGCUGUGGGAGGUCCACGCAGGCUCGAUGACUCACAGAGCGACCCUGGAGGGUAGUGCAGAGGGGAUCACAUGCAUCGAGUUCGACCCCGCGGGUUUCAGGAUCCUUGCUGCCUCCUACGACAAGUCGGCCUUGUUGUGGCGGCUAGAUGACUCCGUUCCCAAGGUGACCCUCACAGGUCACAGUAGGAAGGUGACAGCAGCGCGGUUCAGUGGUCUCCAUCAGGUGGUGACGGGCAGCGCAGACAGAAGCAUCAGACUGUGGGACCUGCAGAGAGCCGCCUGUGUGAAGGUAGUUGAAGUGUCUUCUUACUGCAGCGAUCUGGUUUGUUCUGAGAACUUCGUCAUCAGCGGACACUUCGACUCCAAGAUCAGAGUCUGGGACACCAGGACGGCCGGCUGCGUGCAGCAGCUUCCUGUUUGGGGCAGAGUGACGUCGCUGGACAUCAGCAGUGACCGGCGCCAGCUGCUCAGCUGCUGCCGUGACGACUGCCUCCAGCUGUUCGACCUGAGGAGGCGGAGCCACGACCGCCUGUGCUUCAGGUAUGAGGACACACCCACUUUCAUGACAGCCGAGGGCUUUAAGUGUGGCAGCGACAGCACCAAAGCGGUGAUCAGUCCAGAUGGUUGUUUCCUCGCGGCCGGAUCAGCUAAUGGAGGCGUUUACAUCUGGAACGUAACCACUGGCAACCUGGAGACCCGCCUCCCUGGCCAGCACAGUGCACCCAUCAGUGCCGUGUCCUGGUCUCUGUCCGGUGAAUAUGUCGUCAGUGUGGACCAGAGUAGGCGGGCUGUCCUCUGGAGUGACAUCUGAGGCCAUCCAAUGAGAGCUGUCAAUAGGAACUAUUCUGUUUGUUGUUGUUGUUGAAGGGAUGUGAGACUUUAACAUAACUGGAAAGAAUUAAUACAACAACAUUAAUCUUUUUAACUGGAGAAAGUAACCAAUGAGACACAAAAGACCAAGAGAGACGGACGUGAGGACCGAGACGGGGACAGACCAUCACAAGACUGCCAUCAAAUGUUAUAUUGAUAUUAUCAUAACAACUCGUAAAACACUGUUGAUUUAUAUAUUAAAAUGAAUAAAUGAAAUAUUGAGGAA